UAUUUGUGUGUCAAUCUCUUUCCGUAAUUUAUUCGAAAGAUAUUUUUCAAAUUUUAUAGCAGUUAGAUUCCGAGAUAUCUGCUUAAAAGAUAUCUUUCAAGUUUUGUAAAAAUGUAGAAUAGGCGAUUCUACUAUUUUUUUUUCUCUUUACAUGCAAAACUCAAAACACAGCAAAAUUCUUUUACGAUCUUAUUUUGAAUAUUACAUUUAAUCUUGUAAUCUGUGAUAAAUAGCAAGAAUAACGAAACUUUCUUUAUGAUUAAAACCCGGUUACUGGUAAUGAUAACAUGCCACUGCCGACUUGUGUCGGCUCUAAGGAGGCUUCGUUAUUCUUGUUAUUUUUAAUAAUUGUGUCAGAACAAAUUCCCCGCAAUCCUAACAGUUACAUUUUCUCAUUCCUGUCGACAGUUACAAGAAAGUGGUGCCCCCUAGAACCGUUGGCGGCGGGGGUAACCGGGGUUCGCAACGGUUGGGAAUGCCGAUGAUGCGCGCUCAGGCGCUCACGGGGUUCAGUGCUGGUGCUCGAUGCGAGGCGAGUGCGCGCGACGGUGCAGCACGAGUGCUCGCGCUCGUACGGGCCUGUUUUCGUUUCGUCAUCGAGGAGCGUUCUGGCCACCGUCGUGCACAAUCGUGAUACGAUCCGGGGGUUGAUGUUUUGUAUCCCGGUGAAGGAACAAAAGAUACGCGUGCUCCGAUAUUCAGUUCACGGGUUACCUGAUUAAGGAUUUAAGAAAAGGAGGAGUAUCUUUAUUUGUGACCUGCAAAAGAGAGGAGAGUAUCUUUAUUUGUGAGGCCGCGAGACGAAGGGCGGCCGAUCUACAACACGGGGGUGGUGACGAGGGGCUCGUGGAAGCGCGAGUGAACGGUGCGGCGUUCCGGGGUGGCAGCAACGGGGUGGCUCGCUGUGGUGGCCAGCCCGUGGAUAAAGGGCGAGGGAAAUGGGCCGCUCCGCGUUUGAUACGUGAUACGAGGUGCGUGAGCGCGCGCGCGCUCUUCCUCCCCCUUCUGUGGAGCAGCCCCGCGCGUCGUCGUCGUCGUCGUCGUCGUGUGUAUGUGGCGUGCGUGCGUGUGUCGUCGUCGGCCACCUCGUCCUCCCCGUUGUCGUCGUCGCCGCCGUCGUCGUGCCGAGUCGUGAGUCUGUGUGCCGCCCGAAUACGCGUGUGCGUUGCGUGAAUGAAAAAGAAAGAAGGGAGAGGGCCGCUCGUUACCCCAAGAUUGCCGAAGCGAGCGUCGUCGUGGUGGUUGUCGUCGCCGUUACCACUGCCGCCGCCGCCGCCGUCGUCGUCGUCGUCGUCGUCGUCGUCGUCGUCGUCGUCUUCGUCUUCGUCUUCGUCGUCGCCGCCGUUGCCCGGACGCGCGACUCGACGUUGACAUCGAGAGCAAAAAGGGUUGGCUGCUGCUCGUAAAAAUGCGAACCGAUAUAACGACGGUGCCGAGGGGUGUCGUCGCGACGACGACGGUAACGGCGACGACGACGAUGCCGUUGGCGGCGUCAUUACGGACAACGUCAUCGAUAGUACCCUCGACCACAUUGUCCCCGAUGUCAACGUCGACGUCGACAGUGAUAACGGUGAACACUGUCGCCCCGUUCCGUCGCCUGUUCGCGACGACGCUAUUGCUGUUGUUGCUGAUGUCGAUGCACCCUGAUCCGGCCGCGGCCGCCUGUCGGUGGACCAACGAGGCGGGCAACGACACCCGCACAGCGGACUGCGCUCUUCGCGUGCUAGACCCCACGGCGAUCGUCACCCUCGCGCCGUCCCUUGAUGGUGCACUCAAGCUACGAAUCCGUUGCAGCGACGUGCAUCAUUUCGAGAGCAGCUUAAACGCGCAGAGUUGGCAGCGGUUAGCCGGCCUGCACGAGCUCUACGUGCACGGUUGCAAGGUGCUACGUAUCCCGGAGGAUGCGUUUCUACCGCUGCCGGAGCUCAAGCGACUCGUCGUACAAACGUUCAAUGCCGCUUGGGGUGCCGCCAGACACCUGGAAUUCGCGCCGAGUUCGCUCCGGGGCCUUCGUGAGCUUCAUACCCUGGAGAUCGUCGAGAGUAACGUGUUAGCGCUGCCGCCUAAACUGCUCUGUGAACUGGACAAUCUACAGACUCUCAAUCUCACCGGCAAUCGUAUUCGCGACAUCGACGACAUCGGUUUAACGGUGCACGCCGAUGCCAGCGGUGGAUCCUGUCGCGCCGACAUCCGGAUCCUGGACCUCUCACGCAACGAACUACGGCGAUUGCUCGACGACGGACCGCUGGUGGGCCUGCGGCAGCUGCAAGAGUUACACCUGCAACGGAAUGUGAUUUCCGAGAUCGGCAAGAAUGCUCUGAACGGACUUACCGUGCUGCGUACGUUUAAUGCCAGCCACAACGCUCUGAACUCGUUGCCCGAGGACUUGUUCAAAACCACGCGCGACCUACGGGAGAUACAUCUGGCGCACAAUGGUUUACGCGAUCUGCCGCGGGGCAUAUUCACCCAGCUGGAGCAGUUGCUGGUGUUGAACCUCGCGAACAAUCGCCUUGGUAGCGAUCGCGUCGACGAGACCACCUUCCUCGGCCUGAUCCGUCUGAUCGUGCUCGAUCUCUCGUACAAUCAAUUGACACAUAUCGACGCCCGCAUGUUCAAGGAUCUGUUCUUCCUACAGAUUCUCGAUCUGCGAAACAACUCGAUUGAUCGUAUCGAGAGCAAUGCCUUCUUACCGCUCUACAAUCUCCAUACGCUCGAGCUCUCCGACAACAAGCUCCACACUAUAGGAGCGCAGCUCUUUAAUGGUCUGUUUGUGCUAAAUCGCUUGACCAUGUCCGGAAACUCGAUUUCGAGCAUCGACACAAUGGCGUUUCGCAACUGUUCUGAUCUCAAGGAACUGGAUCUCAGCGGUAACGAGCUCACCGCCGUGCCGGAUGCGUUACGCGACCUCGCCUUCCUCAAGACCCUCGACCUGGGCGAGAACCGGAUCAGCGAGUUCCACAACGGUUCCUUCCGCAAUCUCCAUCAACUUACCGGUCUGCGACUAAUCGGCAACGACGUCGGCAAUCUGACGCACGGUAUGCUCUGGGACUUACCGAAUCUGCAAAUUCUUAAUCUCGCCCGAAACAAAGUGCAGCACGUGGAAAGGCACGCGUUCGAUCGUAAUAUCAAAUUGGAGGCCAUUCGUCUGGACGGCAACUUUCUGUCGGACAUUAAUGGUGUAUUCACCAGUAUUACCAGUCUUCUGUUGCUAAAUUUAUCGGAAAAUCAUAUAGAAUGGUUCGAUUAUGCUUUUAUACCUGUCAAUCUCAAAUGGCUCGAUAUCCAUGGUAACUUCAUCGAAAGUCUCGGCAACUAUUACAAAAUUCGCGAUUCGAAGGUGAAAACUUUGGACGCUAGUCACAAUCGCAUCACCGAACUCUCGCCGUUGUCUGUGCCGGAUAGCGUGGAGCUGCUGUUCAUCAAUAACAACUACAUCAGCAUCGUGCGACCGAAUACGUUCGCCGAUAAAGUGAAUCUCACCCGCGUUGAUAUGUACGCGAACAUGAUCGAGACGAUGGAGUUGACGUCGCUCUUGCUAACCAAGGUGCCGGAAAACAAACCGCUACCGGAGUUCUACAUCGGUGGCAAUCCCUUUAAUUGCAACUGCUCAAUGGAUUGGCUACCGACCAUCAAUAAUCGAACCUUAUCGAGGGAAUAUCCGCGCGUCAUGGAUCUUGACAAUGCUAUGUGCCGUACAUCCGGACCGCGGGGAAUCGCCAUCGUCCCGGCUUCGACCGCACGCUCGGAACAGUUUCUCUGCCGUUAUGAGGCGCAUUGUUUCGCUCUCUGCCACUGCUGCGACUUUGACGCCUGCGAUUGUGAAAUGACCUGUCCGGCCGGUUGCAAAUGUUACAACGACGGUACGUGGAAUACAAAUGCGGUCGAUUGCUCGAGCCUCGGAGUCGAGGAAAUUCCGCGUAGGAUACCGAUGGACGCCACCGAAGUCUACCUAGAUGGCAACGUAUUGCGAGAGUUACAGAACCACGUGUUUAUCGGUCGCAAAAACAUGCGCGUAUUGUACGUGAACGCGAGCGGCAUCGAGUCCAUCCAGAAUCGCACCUUCAACGGCCUCAACAACCUGCAGAUCUUACAUCUGGAGGACAAUCGAAUUCGCGAGCUCAAAGGCUUCGAAUUCGAGCGAUUGUCGCACCUACGCGAGCUCUAUCUGCAGAACAACAUGAUCGGCUUCAUUGGCAACCUGACGUUCCUGCCGUUGCGAUCGCUCGAGAUCCUCAAGCUGCACGGCAAUCGAUUGGUAACUUUUCCAGUAUGGCAAGUCACCCUGAACGCUCGAUUGGUCGAGCUAUCGCUCGGCGGCAACCCGUGGUCGUGCCGCUGCAAGUUCUUACAGGAGUUAUCUUCCUGGGUAUCGGACAACGCGCACAAGGUUAUUGAUGCUGGUGACGUAUGGUGUUACUACGGUGACGCUAGGCCAUCUUAUCGACGUCGUCUGAAUGUCAACGAGACCGCCUGCUCGGAUUAUUUCGCUCAGGGCGGCGUUAUCGAGAGCAUCAUGGUGUCGGAUUAUCUGCCAUUGGUGGCCGCCACUCUUUCAGCCAUCAUCGUUCUCCUGGUGAUCAUAGUACUCGCUUUCGUGUUCCGCGAACCGGUCGGCGCCUGGGCCUAUUCUAAAUACGGAUUGCGAUUCUUACGGACGAAAUCGGGUAAGGCCGCGACGACGGCGAGCAUGGGUCCCGUGGCCGCGAUGACCGCAGGCUGCUGUGACGCCGACCGCGAUCGCCUCUACGAUUGUUACGUAUGCUAUAGCCCGAACGACGAAGAUUUUGUGCUACAUUCGUUGGCGGUCGAACUGGAACAUGGCGCGGCCGGUCUGAGACUCUGCCUUCAUCACCGGGACCUGCCUUGUGUGUUGCGCGCCUCUGCGCCCGCACCGGCCGUCCUCGAGGCGGUGGACGCGUCCCGGCGCGUGCUAAUUGUGCUUACCCGCGAUUUCCUUCAGACCGAGUGGUCGCGUUUCGAGUUCCGCGCGGCGCUGCACGAGGCACUGCGCGGUCGAGCCUCCCAGCUGAUUGUCAUCCAAGCUGGGCACGUUGGCGCGGAGGUUGAACGCGAUCCCGAGCUGCGGCCCUAUCUGAGAACGGCGGCGCUCAUACUCACGUGGGGCGAGAAGAGGUUCUGGGAACGGUUAAGGUACGCCAUACCAUCGUCCACGACGACUGCGGUUAUCGCUACCAGCACCACCACCACCACCACCACCGGCAUUGGCGACGUGUCCGUCGAGAGCAAAUCCUCGCCGUUGGUCUACAAGCGUAACAUUAACACCUACACGCUGGACGGUGGUGUCGGUGGUGUGGGCAGUCUCGAGAAAACCGGGAUGUCGACGCUGCGUGGCGGUCACCGCGCCGCGCUCUUCAAGGACGCCUCGUCGGCGCUGAUGCUGCAACACGCGCCGCCCGCCUAUUCCUGCGGCGGUGCUCCGAUUCCCCCCACGUUGGCAAUCCAGCAACAGCAACAGCAGCCACAGCCGCUGCCGCCGCCGUCGUCAUCGCCCGCGCAGCCCAGGUUAACCGUCAAUCACGCUUACCGGGACGCGAUGCCGGCCAGUAAUCUCGUCACGGCGACCACCAUCGCCACCACCAACACUACCAACUGCGGCAUUGGCGAGGACCACAGAAGACCGCUGUCCGAGCACAUCUACUCGUCCAUUGACUCGGACUACUCCACCCUCGAGAGGACCGCCUGGAGGCAGCAACAACCGCCGCCGCCGCCGCCUCCACCCACCUCCGGACAGGCCUAUCUGGUUUAGCUCCCUGCGACUGACCCCGGUAUCCUCGCGUAUUUAUGGGACCGCGGUACCGUCAAUCCGACUGCGAUAAUAGCAACGAGCGGCGGGAGUAGCUCAUUCCUAAAAGGUUGUGCUGGGUCUCGUGUUCGUCCACGUGAUGCACGAUCGGCGACUUCGACGGACUGUGAAUUCUACAAGACGUUGUGCGCGUGCCGAGCCACGGACCCCCGCGAGAUACGUGUAAAUAGUUGAGAAACGUCGUCGUGAAGAUUGAGGGACGGAGUGUUCGCAUAUCACAAUUUUCUCUGGGGAUUUUGAGGGAUGUCUGUUGCGAUAAUCAUUGCGCCGGUUUUCUGGUUUUCUUUUUUGCUCAACAAAAAUUUCAAUUUCUUUUUGUCGCCGUAACGCGAUCGACGUUUCUUCUUCCUUCUUAUUUUUUUUUCUCUUUUUUUCUGUUACUUGUUAUUUCUAUCCCCGUCUUCCUUUGCUCUGUAUGCUUGAUGUAAUAAGUCUUUCGGCCUACCCUCUUGUCGCGAGGGUUGUGCGUGUGCGCAUACUUCGAUAUAAUUACGUUUCUGAAUAGCAUCUUGUGAGAAUAUGUUUCGUUCGGAUAUACAGGGUGUCCCGGAUUUUGUUGAUAUACAUAUGAAAUGUGAUUUUUCUUUUGACGAAAACAGAACUUUGUGAUAAUAUUUUAUUUUACAUUUUCGCGAUUACUAUUCGCGGAUUUUUGAACGCACAAAUUAAACUUUAAGUGCGCAAGGUGAAGAAGUAUUUCAUUUUCUGUUUAAUUUUAAUUUUUUUUUACGUUAUUUGAUUAUCUAUUUAAAGAGACUUCUUUCGGGGGAGCUUUUUUUAGACUCGAGUACCAAAAAUAGCUUAUAAUCUCCCUAAAUACACUCAAUUCGAAAUUUAUACGAGAAUUAGUGAUUAUUAAAGCCAAAGGUUUCUGAGACUCUCUGUGCAUCUCUGUGAAUUCUCGUUUACCUCACUCGAUGACUUUCAGCGAGCGCGCCCAAAGAUCUCAUCAAAGUUCUCGCGAUCGCGCGAAUCGUCAGGCCGUCCCUUUUCGCGGCGACGAUUUCAUCCUCGUGUAAAUACUUACCACUUACGAAUCAAUUCAUGUAAAUAACGCUGUCUACUUACGCAAUUUGCGUACGUGUACGUAUGUACAUUGUACAUAUACAUAUAACUGACACGCGUCGCAUUUUCGACAUCCUCGUCGCGUAAUAGGAAAUCACGAUGCUAGCUUUGACUCUGAAACUCUCGACUAGGUAGAUGAUUUUUUGUAAUUUUAUAUGUCCACGGGAGAAAAAGAACGAAAGGAGAGAAACCGUGUGAAUGAGCGAGGAAAAAAAAAGAAGGACGGGGAGAGAUAAUUGUAUGAUAUGUAAAUAUGUAUAUUGCGUAUACACUCUUUAUCGCCGCGCCUCGUGUAAGAUACAGUUUGCCGCGUAAAAGAGAAGGUAAGAAUCGAAGAGUGAGAGAAAAACAAAAAAAAAAGCAUGAGGCAUGCACUCGCGCGAUCCGGCGAGGAGCAAGCUACGCGAGCGUCUGCGCAUGUGAGACUUCUAACUGUAUACUCUUGAUUUAUUUAAAUCAUGUGAAUAAAUUUAUAAAAUAUGUUAUUACUCAUCUUCGCAAUAUACGCCUUGAUAUCUUGAUUCUAGCGAUGAUUAUCGUCGAGCCCAUUUUGGAGAAUCCGUAAUUCACUGCGGAAUUUACGUGAAAAUUGCAAUUUAACGCGUAACAUAGAAAUCAAUAUAUUAUGUCGAAGUAUUUAUACGCAUUUCAUAAAGGGGAGAUUCUAUAAACGGAGAAUGCUCGUAAGAAUACGGUAGAUGAAUAAAUUCAUAACCUACGACUUUUCCAGACGUAUUAAUUAACGCUUGUCACGGCAUUAAUCAAAAAAUUUUUCAAUGAUUAAAUCGACGACAUUAAAUUAUUGUGUACAGAACGAAAUGACGCGUGAAAACGAGAAAAAAAUAGUGACAAAACGGCCUAAUUGCGCAUGCGUCAAUAUUGUAUAGUCAGUUGUAAUGUGAGAUCAGGGCAACGUAACACUUUUUUUUUCUUUUUCGACUCGUGAUGUAUUUACAACUCGGCGCACGAGAUUCUACUCUUCCGUCCCGAAUUAUAGAAUUCCCGAGAUGGGCUUCCCUUGAGGGCUGCAUGCCGAAAUUAUAUAAGUACAGUUCCAUAAGCAGCGAGCUUACGCGAGAGCACGAGGAGCACGUGUUCUCUCGAACAUGGGGGAAGGGAAAUCUCUUUCUUUCUUUUGGUGGCGCAAGUUGGAGGAGUCGUUUUUUUUUUCCCUCCCCGCGAACCAAGUUGCGGCGAAAUUCGGAUCGAUCGAGGGAAAGAGAGACAGAGAAAGGGGAACUUAUUUCCAUAUGGUAAUUUCGCGCUACGAUUGGUUAAAAUAUUCGCGCAAAUGCAUUAUCCGAAUGUGUGGGAGGAGGAGGGGGAGGGUACAGGAGAGUGAACGAGCGGGGUGCAACGGUGUUGUUUCCCACACAGCCUCGGCGCUCUCUCUCUCUCUCUCUCUCUCUCUCUCUCUCUCUCUCUCUCUCUCUCUCUCUCUCUCCUCUCUCUCUGUCUCACUCUCCCUCUCUUUCUCUUUCUCUCUCUUCCUCUGUUGUUACCUAUAUAUCGCGGCGCGCGGUCGUGUGCUGGCUAUAUAGACCGCGAACGGAACAUUGAUCCUAGUCAGCGGCGCCGCGCACUCACUGCACACCAUCUGCACACUUACAUUAUUAAUGCGCCUACGACCACCACCGCACCACGACCCGCACCCGGCCCGCACGGAGACGACGUAUGUUUCUGUUGUUUGCGAAAUCUUUCCGCGGCCAAGUGUAAACACCAGAAUAUCGCGCGCGCACGCGUGCGCGCGACGUUUAAGCGCUGCGCGGCGAUUCGCGAUCCGCUCGAAUCUCGAUGAAUUUUAAGCAGACCGUCUUUUUUUAUCCAGACCCUUCUUUCUACGGAUCGCGAAACGAAUAUAUCGCGGGGUCGACGUUCCCCUGACACAGCUCGCCACGAUAGAGAGCUUAAUGUUGAGAAUUCGAAGACUCUGAAUGAUUAAUGUCGCGAAUCAAGCUUGACACAUCUUAUUAUUUAACUAUAUCGUAUUUAGCUUACUUUAAUUGUUCUUCGACUUUGCGACUCUGCUUCUGAAAAUUUUUUCAGACAAUGCUCGUAAAUAUCAGGCGAUCGAAUAAUUUCAACAGAUCGAAUCUAAAAUUCGAACGUCAAAUAAUUCAAACUGAAGGUAUGUUUGAAUUGUUUGAACUCACUUUUGAUUCAAAAGUUCGAAAUUAUUAUAGCUUAAAUCUAAUUUUUUUGAAAUAUUAAUGUAUAAAAGAAAUUUUCGAAUUGUUCAUAAUAUUCAAAUUAAAUGUUCCUUUUUUUUACUUUGAUAUAAUUCGAACAGACCAAACAUACAAUAUGUUCGAAUAUUGCUCUGAGCCCUAGUAAUUGUCAAUAAAUGUAGUACAAGUUUAAUUAAAUCUCCUUUAAUUUGAUAAGUACAAUUAUUAAAAUGUUAAAAGAUUAAAACAGUCGAGUCCAUUUAUAGGAAAAAAAUUAAACGUGAAAAGUAACCUACAGAUGGGGGCUGUGUUCCAGAUAUAACAAAAAUAUUUCUCAAUCACGAAUCAAUAUUGACCCGACUGAAAAUACUAAAUAUAUUAAUUCCAUAUGAUAUGCAUACAUCGAUCGUUGGUUACUUUUUGAAAAAAAGAAUAACAUCAUUUUCCAGGAAAGAAUCGCCGCUGAAAGAAAUAUACAUUAACGACAAGGCAUUUGUAUAUAUAUAUACAUAUAUACACAUACUUUGUACACGAAUAACAUACUUUGUCCACGUGCACAAUUAUCGUCGAGGCUGUCGCAUGACUUAAAUAUAAAUCGCGAUUGUGUUGCGGAUUGUGGCGAGUCGCUUUACGCAGGACGACGUAGGCAAGAGGUUGAAAAACGCGUGUAUGAUACUUUAAAGAAAUAUGGUUUCCUCUCCGUGGGUCUUUCUCUCUCUCUCUCUCUCUCUCUCUCUCUCUCUCUCUCUCUCUCCCUGUUUCUCUCCGAGAUUCUAGCGCAAGUGGCCGCGCUCGGAACCAGUUUGCCCGCCUUGCUAUGGAAUGUAAGGACGGCUGUAAUUAUUUGCAGCGCGUAGAGCCGCUGGCCGCCGCGAUCGGAUCUAGGCGUGUAGAAUCGCCGCGCUAUGAUCCCGCGAUCUCCUUGCGGUAUAUCUCUCGAGGGCCGCCGUCCCGAUUUCCAUCCGCCGUCAUCUCCCAGCGAUAGGCUCCCAUUGUAUCCGUGCACCGCCCGCGCGGCCCCCCUUCUUCCCCCCUCCUUGCCCUCCUUCUUCCAUCCUUUUCCGUUAUCGGAGAUCCGCGUCGUGGAACAGAAAUUCACAUAAUUCGCGCAUAGUUCGCAAGCACCUCGCGCCAAGCACUUUGCGACUAAGUUAAAAUUAUUUCCAGUCCGGAAUUUAUCUCUCGGAGACGCUCCCGGUUCUAUUGUGUUUUAAUUACUCGCACGGCGUGCGUUCUGUCCGUGUGUCAAAGUAUACGAAGUACGUACGUAGAAUUUCAUCAAGUUAUCGAUAACGCAUUUAUUAUCCGACUGUUCGCGUGACGUAUACGUAAAUUGCAUACAGCGUUCAUCGCAUUACCAUGACGAAGAGACUUUCGUUGCAUAAUAAGAACGUGUUUACAAACGGUUCUCGAGAAGGAAGGGAUCUGGGAAAAUUUUGUAAUUCUUGACAUACUUCCCGUCUCAUUAAAAUUGUACUCUCGUGACUACAUUUGUCUUGCGUAAAAAAAAAAACGCACGUCGUACGAGAUGCAGGAAAUUUUCCUGAAAACCUCAAAAGACAGUCUUAAGUUCUCAAUAUCUACCACACGAACGAUAACGUGGCGGGGAAAGAGAGAGAGAGAGAGAGAGAGAGAGAGCCCGCGAUAAUACGUUUGAGCGUCCUCGAGAUUCGCGAAAGUACCUUUCACCGGGUAUUCAGGGAAAGGGUGGCUGCCACGCGACGGCGUUCAAGUUCGUUAUUUGGGUCGUUCUUGCGAAAUACGAUUUGGAGUAUUCGCCGUACAGCGCUCGUCGGCCUUGACGAACUUGAUUUCAAUGGCGUAAUCGGCGACAGGUCUCGUUGGUUCAAGAAGAUGCCACCUGUCCUUCGAUGAAGAGGCUGAAUCUACUUAACUGAACGGGCUUGACUCUCUCUCUCUCUUUCUCUCUCUUUGCCUCGAGUUCUUUAUUCCACUCGAAAUCUGCAUUCGUACUUCGCGCGGCUUCAAACUUCAGCUUAUAUUUCUUAUACGCGAGAUAUGAAAUAAUUCUAAAAGAAAUCGACUUGAACACCGUUUGUUGAUUAUGAUUAUACUUAAUUCCGCGCUCUUAACGCUAACGUAACGAAAUAUCAAGCGAUAAUGUCCCGUUUACGAGCUUCAUAUAGUUAACAGUGGUUUACGUCCGCGACAGUUAUACGUAUUACACAGGAUGUCGUGGGUGGGAAGACAGUUAACGCCGCGAGUACACGAGCGCGGUGGUAGGCAAAGAGCCGUGAGCAGGUCGUGCAACAAUCAUGGUCGCUCACCUCUCUCCUAUCAACCGUCUCGUCGAAGGAGGUAACUAGAGCCUAUUGGUUUGCUCUAAUCGAAAUUCCAACAGGCUAAGCAAGUGUCUCGACGUGUGCAAACCUCUUACUCUCGUGUGUAAGUCGGGCGUGAGGUCCGCGCCUCCGAUAACAGCCCCGAGAUAGCCGAAUUCAUUUUCGAUUCGCUCACCGGCUCUACCUCCGCCGCCACCUCGAUCGCUUCGAUCGGGCCGGGCACGAUCUACCUCGGGAGAGGCCUGGCUCUCUCCGGUUCUCUCAAGGCGCGCCGGUUAAAGAGUGGUUUUUACGAGCGCGCUCCGGCUCAAAACCGGCCAAAGCAAAAGGGCGAGAAAAAAGAAAGGGCACGAAAAGGGGCAGGGUAAAAAACUUUGCGUACCUACCUAUCUAUCUGCCAGCCUACCUACCUACCUACCUACCUACCUACCUACCUAUCUAUCUACCUACCUACCAACCUACCUAUCUUCAACGAAGACGUGCGCACGUGCGCGCGCGCGCGUUAAAAUCCUCGUUUCGUUCUUAGCACGCUCGAAUAAGCAACGAGGGCCGACGAUGACGCCGGGCUUGCUACACCGCUCGCUCGCGAACUUCGCUUGCGUGUAACGCGCCGCGGUCUCGCAAACGGAUAUACAUGUAACACGGCUGCACGUACGUGUACACACACGUACGCCUGCCGUUUUCCCGUGGCGAGGCGAAGUCGAGCGAGAUAUCGUUGGCGGGUUUUGUGACUUGCGUGACGACUGCCAUGUUUGCAGAGAGAGAACUUUAACGCGCGACUCGUUGCCCCGCGUGCCCCGUUCUCGUGAUACCCUCCUCCCUCUCGUUUUCUGUUCCCCUCGCCCUCUCCCUCCUCCCUCUCCAAUGUUGGCCCGCAUAUUCCUGCCACCUGCGCCAUCGCUCGCUUUAGCUCGCCCCGCACGCAUGCAACAUAGUCGCCCUCCCCGUACCCUCCUCCACCCGCGCCCCUUUCGCCUCCGCACGCCGUGCACACGUCAAGUUGCAUCCCCCUUUCGCCCUCCCUCUCUCGCACCCGUGCACUCGCGCCCGCUUAAACGUGUACUAGUGAACCCGGUAAUUUCGCGAAAACUGCCACCAUCGUCGUCACUGUCGCGGCCCUGUUUCUUUCCCUCUACCUAUCUCUCUCUCUCUCUCUCCUCCUCUUUUCUCUCCUAUUUCUCUCUCGUUUUCCCAUAAUAAAUUUGCCCCCCCUCCUUCCCUCUCUUGAUCUGACUGUCGAUCUUUUUCCCUUUUGCCAUUUCUGCCGUUCGCCCUUUUAACGAUACCAUGAGCUACUACGACACACCGUUACGGGGCUACCCCGAGGCGGACAGAGCGCGCACACCACGUGUCUGCACGCGAUCCUACCUUGCACGCUUGCUUCGACGUCGGCGUCGGCGUCGGCAGCGACGUCGGCGAGCGGUUCUUAAGGGUAUACGCGGGGGGAAUCGCGAAAAGCGUGAUUUCUCGACGCGACGCUCUCUUUGUCCUUCCACCUUUCUAAUUCUAUUAAAGAAUUAUUGUCCACCUUCAUCCCCUUCUCCCCCCCCCCGAUAAGAUGUCGCUUGCCGCACGCUCCCUUAUCGCUCUCGCGACUCCCUUCGCGCGAAACCCUAGAUCGCCCGCGCGGCACGGAACGAAGGCGUGUACCCCUCUCGUACGUCUUCGUUCGCCUAACCGCUCGCCCGUACGCGCGGCCAUCGUCGAUGGCCCUUUACAAUUAAUCAGUACCGUCCGGAUAAGAGCCACGCACACGGACGCACACACAGACGCGGCCAGCCGGGCAUGGGCGUCGCGAGUUGAUCGCGUUUUUCUCAGAAAAGGGGGGAAAGAAGAAGGAUUAAACGAGAGAGAGAGAGAGAGAGAGAGAGAGAGAGAGAGAGAGAGGGAGAGAGAGAGAGAAUAAUUUGUCGCGAGGUCAGUGCAUUUUGCAGAGCGAAUUUUUUGCGCGACGAUCUACGCGGUUUUUUCUUUUAAUUCAUUCUAGUCAAGCUUGACGUCUGGUCGACCAAUUCGACACGUCACAGCGGAAACUCUGUUCUCCUCAUUUCGACGUCGCAGACUCCGAGCCGCUUGAGCCUUUCAGCACCACGAAAUUAAAAGUAAAUUUAUGCAAGAGCGAUUUUGCACCUCCAACUUUCGCAUUUCCUUUGGGUAUUUCUAGAUAUAUCGUACGUCGUAUUAUGUGACUUUUUGAUAUUAUACACUUCAUUUCGCCAACAAUUGUCGAUAUCGAAUUUACCGUGAGCUAAAAAUGAAGGAUUUACUCGCGCUUUUUGGGUACCUACUUAUAAACAUUGUAUACAUUAUAUAUAUAUAUAUAUAUAAUAUAAUUUAUUUAUGUAAAACAUA